CCUCCUUCACGAUGCAGCGUGGCUGCCGGUUCCCGGCUGCCUCAAACUGCCAUGGAACCUCCACUGCCUGGUCCCUGUGACAUCGGGCCCUCAGCUGUGACGCCAUGUUAGAACCUUCUGCCGUGUCCCUGGGUCAUCAGCAAAAGCCCAGGCUUAGCAGUGGUGAUAAUAAUAAGGAACACUUGCAGGGAGGUUCCUGACUCGCUGAGGGGAAGCUCACCUCUGUGGAGAUGCCUGUACACCAGCGACGUCCCUUGUAAGCCUUCUGCAGAGGGAUGAAUUCCAGCACCCUGUUAUUACUAGUACUGUAGUGAUACAUCAUCUGAUCACCAGUGCCCUAUGUGAGCCGUAGCAAGCUUGACCUGAACUCGAUGGCUCUCCAGCAUAGCAGACUGAAGCCGCAGCCUCAGAUAAGUCGCAACCCACAAGGCCCUAUAAACACAGAGCCUCUCCUCUUCCUCUCACUCGAUUGUGGUGCCUCUUCUCUCCUGGGACACUCAGAGCUCAGCCAGCCUUCCGCUAUGAGGAUUCUCCACCUGCUCCUUGCUCUUCUCUUCUUGGUGUUCCAUGCUGCUGCAGAACACAUCUUGUCAGAUACUGUGAUAUGUCGGAAAACGCAGAGCAAAUGUUCAUUUGCGAUAUGCCCCUUCUUUAUGAAAGCCAAUGGGACCUGCUACAAUGGAAAAGCAAAGUGCUGUAGACCUUGGCUGUAAAGAAUCUGUUGAUCUGCAGGAAACCAGAAUGGGAACAUCAUAGCAUGGCAGAUAUUUAUUAUUCUCUCCUUCUACUCAAGGCAUCUAAACAAAUAGUGUUUAUUCAAUAAGAUUGUGAACCUUGCUCAUGUAACUGUGCAUGGGCAUGGAGAUGUUUGUAUGACCGGCACGGAAAACAAGCAAAGCCCAGGCAAGCUGAUUUGUCUCAAUGCCAUCACUCAGCCAGUCCUUAUCUGUGUGACUAUUAAGGUGAGGAACCCCUCUCCCCAGCCAGGGGUUGUAGGUACUGGGAGAGUAUGAGGUAAAGGAGGAGGAGUCUGGUGGCACCUUAAUGACUAACAGAUUUAUUUGGGCAUAAGCUUUCGUGGGUAAAAAUCCCACUUCUUCAAAUGCAUGGACUGAAAAUUACAGAUACAGGCAUAAAUAU